CCCACCCACACCAUCAGCCAACUCAAAGCCCAUUGCCACUAAUUCAUUACGUUCCAGGAAUUCAUGACGCCACACUCAAAACAGAUCACAUCGCGCAUCGGUUCGCAGGCGUCUCCCGUGAAGCAGCCAUUGGUGCUCCCGUGGUUUCAGCACUAGCAGCCGUCGGCAUCACUGCACUCGCGUUCACGGUUCUGCUGUCAGACGUCAACCUAAGCUGAUCACUCUUGAGGCGCCUAAAAAAUAGACGCCCAAGCUGACCAUUCGCUCGCAGCUGCCAUAAUGUGUUCAGCCGUGCCAAUGCAGGCUUCUCUGCCCUCGCCUACACUUUAUUCCCGUUACAAUCCAGACAGUAUUCGCAAAAAUUCCAACGUUUCGUUCCUUCAAUGUCCGAAACCCCUCGUAAACCUCGCGCCGGAAACAUCUCUCCGCCUGCGCCGAUCCCGCACAUCUCUUCCCCCCAUGACCGCGCAAGCGGGGAAGGGCUUCGGGAAGAAGCCGGCGGCCGGCAGCAAGGCCAAGCCGGCCGGCAGCAAAGCCAAUCCGGCCGGCAGCAGCAGCAAAGUCCUUGAUGAGCUUAGCUCCGUCGCAGGGGGCUCAGUUUCCGCAGCGCCAGCAGCGGCGGCGGCGGCGGAAGCGGGGGAGGGGGGAGCGGCGGUGUGCCCGUGCGGGGGAGGGGCGGAGAAGCGCGGGUACAAGGAGUGCUGCGGGCGGUACCAUGGGGGGGUGAAGGAACCAGACGCUGUUACGCUCAUGAAGGCGCGGUAUUCAGCCUUCGCCAAAGGUGUGAUCCCCUACAUCGUCCGAACGACGCAUGAUGACAACCCCAACUUGGGACCAGGGGGAGCGGAGGGGAGAAAGCAGUUGACUGCAGAUUGUGAGGAGACGUGCAACCGCCUGGUGUUUAAACGCCUUGAUAUCAUGUCAACCGAGGCAGGCUCGACAGAGGAUGAAUCUUUCGUCUCGUUCCGUGCCGUCUACGCCUACAAGCACGGCACCACCACUGACAAUCAGAUCCUCGUCGAAAAAUCUCGGUUCGUUCUUGACCCAUCCUCUGGCCGGUGGCUCUACAUUGAGAGGAUCCCCCUGGAUGCUGCUGCGGAGGCGGCCUGGAGGUUGGGGCCAGAGCUGCUUCAGCAGGAGAAGCAGCAGGGGGGGAAGAAAUCUUAUGUCAUGCAGGGAGCAGCACAGCCGAAGCUAAGGCCCAGAUCGAGUUAAGUUGCAACGGAGAGACUUUUUCUUGAUGAUGCUGCUGCGGAUGGGACCUGGAGGUUGGGUCCGGAGUUGCUUCAGCAGGAGAAGCAGCAGGGAGGGAAGAAGUCUUAUUUGAUGAAGGGAGCAGCACAGCCGAAGCUAAGGCCCCGAUCAACUCAGAUUGCAGAGAAAGGAACUCUCCUGCUGCUGUGGAGGCCGCCAGGAGGUUGAGUCCGGAGCUGAUUCAGCAGGAGAGGCAGCAGGGGGGGAGGCUAAGGGAUGUGAUGAGGGGAGCAGCGCAACCAAAGCUAAGGCCCAGAUCAAGCUAGGCUGGUAGAGCCAGGUAGACCGGUGGGUGGAUGCGGCUGCAGAGGCAGCAUGGAGGCUGGGACAGGCAUUAGCACAGCAGGAGCAGGAGCAGGGGCAGGGUAUUUUUGAGAAUUCUAAAAAAUAUCCUGCAAAUUCAGGGGCAGGGUGAGAAUGGGAGGACGUGGACGAGGGAAGUGGCACAGUUGAAACGAAACUGAGAAGGCCCGGUUCAAGGUAGUGCUCUCAGUGCUGCACUGUGUUGCAUUGUAAUUCGUUAAUUUACGGUACCAACUACGGUGCUUCUACACUACACGGCUACUUGAAUGGGCAAUUCC